UGAGCAGCAGCAAAGGCGAGCAGCUGACGGACGCUGUCGUGAGGGCCGUCUUGGCCUCCGACAAGGGCCCGACUGUCAAGCUCUCCUCCUGGGGCAGCGAGAGCAUGGCGUCACUGGCGGACGGGGCCACCUCCGACAUCCAGCGGCUCCAGGUGACGUACCUCGACGCAGACGGCCAUGAGCACGGCGUGUCGUAUGCGGCGAAGCUGCUCCGGUCGCGGGAGGGAUUCUACAACAUCAUCCACGCCAAGGAGUGCAGCUUCUACUCCGACGUCGUGCCAGCCGUCAACGCCGUCCUAAGGGAUGUCGGCUACGACGAGCUGAGCGUCCCCAGGUGCUUGUUCCAGAGCACGGAGCGCGGCCGCGAGGUCGUUGUGCUGGAGAACCUGAGGGAUCUCGGCUAUGAGAUGAGGGACAAGGCGGAGGGGAUCGACGCAGCCCACACGGUCUUGGUGCUCAAGGAGCUCGCCAAGCUGCACGCAGCCUCGGUCCUCCUGCAGGAGAAGAGUCCACAGGAGGACCUCGUAGACCGGUUCGCUUGCCUGCAGAAGGAAUGGACCAAGGAGUUCAAUGUCGGGUGCAACUUCGAGCAGUUCAUCGGGAGUUACCUCGAACGCAGUGUGGCAAUGUUCGAGAAGAUCGGAGGCUGCAGCACAGUCGUGGAGUGGAUCAAGAGGAUCAAGCCGAAGGCAAUGCAGAUGUACAAUGAGCAGAUCAAACAGACGCCGCCCUUCACCGCCAUUUGUCACGCAGAUCCUUACAUCAAUAACUUCUUCUUUAAGUACGACGAGGCCAGGAACCCCAUUGACGUGAAGCUCUUCGACUUCCAGGGCUGUCGCAAAUCCUCCGUUGCCAACGACCUCCAGCACCUGUUCAACAUGAACCUGACGGGCCCCGUGCGACGCCCCAACCUGGAUUACUUCCUCAGGACCUACUACGCCUCCUUCGCCGGGAUUCUUGAAGCAGGGGGAUCGAGGGCGCCCUUCACCCUGGACGAGCUGGCGAAGGAGUACCAGGAUAAAGGUUUUUACGGGUUACUAUAUUGUCUUCUAUGGAUCCCGAAUAUGGUGCGUCGACCCGAGGACACCGUCGACAUCAUCGAGAGGAGCGAGGAGGCCGUCGACGUCGAGACGAGGAACGUGCUGAGGAUGGUGGACGCGAACCCGCUGCUCAAGCCAAGGAUUCUCUCCAUCGUCGAGGAGUGGACGGAGGGGGGGGUCAUCGCGUAGGGACGACCUCCUAAAACGACCUGUUCAGACGACCCUCUUAAACCUUUCAGGACGAACAUUUAGAAGAUCCUUGUAACACAUACUUCUUUGAACAACCUUUUUAGACGAAACCUUUUAAACUACCUCCGUGAAAGACGUCUUUUUGUAACGCCCUUUUGAACAUUUUAGCGCGGUUUUUUUUGUUUAAAGGUAUGGCACGAGGAUAAGUAAAGGAAUUCAAAUUGUUUU